UCAUCUCGUCCCUCCCCCCUUUUAGAGCGAGAGUCAACCCUGGUAGUGUUGUAGGCGCGUGUUAUAAAGCGGAAAGCCCCGCCGUUCCCUUUCACAUCGGAGCGCUCCGACCGCUGCGCGCACCAGCUAUCAGACAAUCAGGAACCUGAACCUGCUCACAGCUAUGACCCCGCUGCUCCCUCUACCUGGAUUAACUCUCAAGUAACCGCUGUUUGUCGCGCCCACCUCUCCCCUCCCUUCUUCUCCUUCUAACAUCAUCACCCCCUCACGGCAGCAGCAUCAUCAGCAUCAUCAUCAGCAGCAAGCAAGCCUCCUUGACCGGCUCCUCAGUCCUGCGCGCCCCAGCCUCCAACUCUCAGCUUUGUUCUGCGGUCAUGGGGUGCGUUGUUUCCUUUUUGCCUGGGCUGCUGAGGGGCUUGAUCGUGCUGUGAGGCGGAUACCAGGUGGAUUUAUGGUCCGCAAAACCGCAACUACCAGCAGAGGGAAAUUAGUGGAACUUUGAGCUCCGGGAGGAUGCAGGUGACGUGUUGGUGCGCCGUGUUCCUCCUGACGCCUGCACUUUGUCUGGUUACAAGUGCUCACGCCUCAAAGUCGGACAUUGUCAAAUCUGGAAGCCCCAAAUCCACACUAAAGCAUAUAUGGACAGAAAGCAGUAAGGAUAUGUCCAUUAGUAGGCUGCUGUCACAGACUCUACAUGGCAAAGAGAACAGCACAGCCUUGGACCUACGCUAUGACACUCCAGAGCCCUACUCUGAGCAGGACCUGUGGGACUGGCUGAGGAACUCCACAGACUUGCAGGACUCGCGGCCGCGAGCUAAACGGCGGCCAAUGGUCAAGACGGGGAAGUUCAAGAAGAUGUUUGGCUGGGGGGACUUCCACUCUAACAUCAAGACGGUCAAACUCAACCUACUAAUCACCGGUAAAAUCGUGGAUCAUGGCAACGGCACCUUCAGUGUCUACUUCCGCCACAACUCCACAGGCCAGGGCAACGUGUCCGUCAGCUUGGUCCCUCCAACCAAGAUAGUGGAGUUCGACGUGGCAGCGCAGCAGUCCGUCAUCGACGCCAAGGACUCAAAGUCCUUCAACUGCCGCAUAGAGUACGAGAAGGUGGAGAAAGGCGCCAAGAACACACUCUGCAAUUUCGACCCGUCCAAGACCUGCUACCAGGAGCAGACCCAGAGCCACGUCUCCUGGCUCUGCUCUAAACCUUUCAAAGUCAUCUGCAUCUUCAUUUCCUUCUACAGCACCGACUACAAACUGGUGCAGAAAGUGUGCCCGGACUACAACUACCACAGUGACACUCCUUACUUCCCCUCUGGCUGACGUUCCCAUGCACUCACAUACAGAAAAGUGGACGAGUGGAGCACAGACUGGGGCUUAUACCCAUACCAGAGAAAUGUGUAUGUUAGCCGUACUGUCCCCAAACAUGUCCAUACCAGAGUGUCAGUCACCCCAACUUAUUUCCCAAUUUAAUGUUCUGAAUUUUGAGUAAGCAGUUACUUUUAACUGUUAAAAAUUGGUAUAUAGUACCAUAAUAUGCUUAAAAAUGACCUGAAUAACUCUGUGAUUAUUAUGAUUAUUAUCAGUUAGAAUUUUGUUCCUGAAAUAUGUUUUGUCUCUGUUGAACAAAGUGUAGAUAGCAGGGGUUUAUUGGUCCUUUUGGGAUUGUUAUCACUAUUAAACUCUGCCCUUUGUUGUUGUUAUGUUUAGUUCACACCUCGUUUCAAACUCGAUGGUAAUAAC